AUGCCCAUGCAUUUCUCUGCCAACCACAUCAAACGCAUCCUCAAAUUGCGCAAGAAAGCUGGUGAUCCAUAUCAUGUAUUGUGGACCAAGAUGCAUCGACUCGCCCAUCCUGAUGCCAUACAUACACCAGCACCAUACCUCCCGACUUUUAGUCAGGCCCUGGCUGUUGCGCGUGAUCCGUCGGAGGACUUCGCGAAGAUGUUGGUGCUCAACUUUGCUAAUCAUGGCAACACAACACAGGAGGAGGCGACCAGGAAUGCGCUUACCUUUCUCAAAUACCUACCAGUUUUCCAUGACACUCUCAGCAGAACCGGUCCACGGCCGGUCAAUCAUACUGUGGCUCAGACAGCCAAUGUUGAUAACCACCCAAGUACUUUCGCAUUCGCGGCCGACAAAGGUCCGCUCAAGCUUCCACCAACACCUGCUGCAGACCCUGUCCCUGCCUACGAAUCCAUGUCAGAUCAAGAAGGCCUAAUAAUUAAUGAAUGGAAGGAUGCUGAGAUGGCACACGGCGAGCAGGAUCACAUGAGCUUCUUGGAGAAGGAAUUCAGUGGCUACUUUUGA